AACAGAGACAUUGCGUAUUGAAUUUCUCUGAAUGUAAUGUUAUCGACGCUGAACCGAAGGGUCCAAACUACAAAUUUGCAUGGGACAGUGUUCCACAACUCCAGGUGAAUGUAGCUUGUUUCGACAUCAACAAAUCAACCCCCAACAUCUAGAAGAUACUCCAAUUCACGCAGAUGCGUCGGAAAUGGCCGAAGGAUCACAGAAAACGGAUUUCAACAGCUUCUUGGAAGCCAGCAAUACCGCGGUUAUGAUAGCAAAGGAGAAGUAUGAACGUUUCGACAAACUUUACAACGAUUAUUGUGAACUUAAAUCGUCGAGGGAGCGACUAGUAGAAGAAAAUGAGAGUUUACGACAAAGGAUGAAUAACGACUCAGAGAUAAAUCACCGCAGUUACCAAAGCAAUUCUGAAGAUGUCAACAGCAGAAACAAGCGUAGUGAUGUCUUGCAAAAAUAUCAAGCGAUGGACGGUAACAAACGUCGACAAGCCAUCGAAGCAUUUGGAAAGCAGCCAAAAAGUCACGGUACAGAUUCGCGGCCAGAACUAUGGUACAGGAAGGAUGUGACGUGCAGAAUAUUUGUGAUUGCAUAUGAUAUUGCAAGAUGCACUAGGGAUGCAUUUAAUCAAAAGGCGUUGCCGAAAUUGUUCCAGUGCGCACCAACUAUUGGAAUUUAUGAAGAUAGAGGAGAUAAUUCCUUAGAGGCAUCACAGGUUAUUCAGAGAAGCAUGCAGCAAUCCCUCUCGAGGGAAAUGGAGUCUGUGCUUUCGACCGAGUCCUUCAAAGUCAAUUGUUGCUCAGUGCUUAAAGAAAUGGCGGUCAGUUGUGAUCUAACAGACAUGGAAAAGGAAGUGCUUAAAGAAUUGAAGAAACAUCACGAUCUGUGGAGAAAAAGUGAGCCCUGGCUGCCACUCCUUGACGAUGGAAUAAUAUCAAAAAUGACGAGUUACAUCACGGAGUGCGUGAGGAUUGCCUGGCGAAUGGUAAACCUACUUCCACCAUUAAAGAUCGUUUUGGUAAGUCAAGUCCACGGCGAGAGAUUUAACGAGUUCUUUGAAAAAGAAGAAGAGGAAGUUAAAGAAAAGACGCCAACAAUUAAAAUUUGUAUUUGGCCAGCUGUUUCUGAUUACAUUAGCGGUGAGGUGCUUAUCAAAGGGACAGCGGCUAUAAUACCAAAGCCGAAACAACUGAAAAAUCAACAAUUUUCGACAGAAGUGUAAAGCUGCGGCAGAGGCUUCGUCCCUUUCUGUAUUUGUUGUAUAUAACAGCAUUUUAUGCUAUAUUAUUGUCCGGCGAUUCUUUGAGCAAGGAUAACAGUCCUCCCAGCACUGUAGCUAUGCUGUUUGUUUUCUUUGUUUUCUUUUUGCAUGCAGUAAUCACGGUCAGCCCUUUCGCUGAAUUUUGACAACUGGCAAAGCAUAACUCGCAUGAACUACAGGUAGGAACAUGGCUAUUAAUAGUUAUGGAUUGAUUCUGUAAUUCCGUCCAGUUUUGGAAAGUUAGAUUGUUUGAUAGUGAUCAGACAGUGCAUACCUCGACAGCUGCAAGCGAAGUAAGAACCAUGUUUUGGUACACUCUUUGAACUUUAAGUUUUCACUGAAACUACUUUACUAAGGGCUGGACCAUUUUUUUUUUUUUGAGGGG